GCAAACUUAGUCCUGACUCAGCAGAUGCAACCCUGAGAGGUUAUCUGGCAGCAAGGUGCUCCGGUCCUGCUGCGGAGACAGUUACUGGCUCAAGUCCCGCCCGCCCCACUGCCCACCACCCUCCUCUAUGUCUAAGCACCAGCCCUCCGCCCAACCCACUGCCAGGCAGCCCAGCACAGCCACUGGCCACGUCUCAAAACACCGCUUUGUACCCAACCGGACAGUGGAGGUAGCCGAGCAGCUGCUGGCCGAGGACUGAGGGGAGGAGAGGAGAGGAGGGGACAGGACUGCGGGGUGUUGGGACAGAGAACACUGCGCACCGGCUCCGUCGCCAGGCAGCAGGACCGAAAACAAAGCUAAAGCAGAGGCAUCACACAGCUCCACAGAGGACAAAAAGAGAAAGAUCCACAUCAAGCACCAGAGGCUGACAGUGAUCUUCAACCAUCAUGCGCUGCAGAGUGAACCUCAGCACCAUGAUUUUCCUGGUGAUCCUUCAGGGGGCAGCAGUGGUGCUGUUCUGUGGCUGGUACGUCCAGCUCAGUCCCUGUGGCUCUGCCCCUACUAAUGGCAAAGUUCACGUUCUGCUGCUGUCAUCGUGGCGAUCAGGCUCGUCCUUCGUGGGUCAGGUGUUCAGUCAGCACCCAUCUGUCUUCUAUCUUAUGGAGCCAGCUUGGCAUGUAUGGACCAAACUGCAGAAACCAGGUGCACGAUCACUCCGGAUGGCUGUGAGGGAUCUAUUACGGAGCGUAUUCCAGUGUGACUUCUCUGUGAUGGAGGCCUACCUGCCGGAGCACCACAAUGUGUCCUCCUUGUUUAUGUGGAGUCACAGUAGAGCACUGUGCUCACCGCCGGCCUGUUCUCUCACACCACGCAACCAGUUCAGCAACCAGACUCGGUGCUUCCAGACAUGUGAUGCUAGGGGCCUGCAGAGGGUGGAGGAGGCCUGUGGGACUUACAGUCACAUAGUACUAAAAGAAGUGAGAUUCUUUGAGCUGGAAUCCCUCUACCCACUCUUGCAGGACCCAAGCCUAGAUCUCCGCAUCAUCCACCUGGUCCGAGACCCUCGGGCUGUGGUGAAGUCUAGAGAGGAGUCAGCUAAAGCCUUCGUGAGUGAUAAUGCUGUCGUCUUAGAGCAGAGAAGCAUACCAGCUGGUGAGGUGCAGUAUCAAGUCAUGCAGGAAAUCUGCCGUAGCCACGUACGAAUUAAUGAGAGGGCCAUCAUGAAGCCCCCUCCAUUUCUUAAAGGCCGCUACAAAAUGGUCCGCUAUGAGGAUGUUGCACGCAACCCACUUGUGGAGAUAGCUGCCAUGUAUGAUUUUGUAGGUCUGGAGAUGACCUCACAGUUGGAAGAGUGGAUCUACAGGGUGACUCACGGGAAAGGCAAAGGGUCCAGGAAAGAGGCCUUCAAAAUCACGUCACGAAACGCCGCUGAUGUCUCGCAGGCUUGGCGUACCGUGCUGCCACACAACAAGGUCAAACGAAUUCAGGAAGUGUGUAAAGGGGCCAUGUCAUUGCUUGGAUACAGGACAGUAAACAAUGAGAAAGAACAGAAAAGACUUGACAUAGAUCUACUAGUACCACGGGAACCAUAUCAGUUCAGCUGGUUGCCAGCUAAAACAGAGCAUCCCAGUAAUAGUUAAAUGACAGUAUUCUGUUUGAAUGACAGCGACACCAAGAGACUAUGCUGAACUGAAGUCUAUAUUCUUUAUAGGCUUUAUUGGCUGUUUAAGUCUUUAAUGAGUACUACCACAGACUGAUUGAUCAACUGGGGGAACACUGGCAUGAUGUCUGAGGGAAAAGCUCUUUGCAGCAAUCAUACAACUUGGAUUGGCACAGCCCAGUCCUCACUACACUUUUCAAAAGAUUUUAUCAUUUGGGUGAGUUGACAUUACAUAGGCCUGUCAUGGUAACUAACUGGUUAAUUUAUAAGAAAAAAAAAGCAAACUAAUAAUAGGCCUUUGCUGUUAGUCCAGCACACCUCUGACUCAGUGAGCUUGAGCGCUGCAUUUCAAAGCGCUAUCCAAUUAGAGGUGGUUAAAUUUUAAUGAUCCAUGAUGUAAAUGUCUUGCCUUUUACUUUAUUUUCUGUUAACUUUACUGACAAUCAACCACAUCAGGGUGGAAACAUGCUCACUGCCCAAUUUUGGGUUUCCACUGGUUUCUUGGCCACUCUAGACCGUGCAGCACCUGUGCUACCGUUAGCUAGCUAGCAGCACUGCGCAUUCAGCGAUUACAGCUGAUAACACUGUACAAGUGGCUGAACGCGUUGCUGUGGAAACAUGGUACCCACUCUCUGGUCUCCCCCCAAGUUGCCACGGUGAGUAAGUGGCCUCAUUGUAAGCCAUUUAACCCUUUUUAGCAUUGUUUAAUAUGUUAGCACCAUGAGCUGUGUUGACAUUGCUAACGGCGGUAACAGAGCUAACAUAGUCAAUAAUGCUAAAGGAGGGUUUGGGGCUCAUAAAUGAGCUGCUUACUGACUGGGGUGAGCUGGGGGGCGAGUGGAGUCUGAGUCAGUGUUUCCACAGCAACGCUGUUGGGCAAGGACGUAACUAGUGAUGGCCAAAUGAGUGGUGCCACUAGCUCCUACCAGACCUGGGUGGUGUGCAAUACAGUAAACUGGAUAGUGGCAAAUUAACCUAUAGGAAAGUUGUGUAACUGGUCAAAAAAAUUUUUGGCGGGUAACAGGUUAAGGGGUGACGGUUGAGAUCUCUAGCAUGGACAUGUUUUGCUGUCAUUUCUGGUCGCAUUGCCUUUGUCCUCUCAUCUUCUCCCUGUGUCAAGGUUUCACCCUCACCAUGGGCUCAGCUCCUCACUCACUCACACACAUUUGAAGAAUUGUUGCUCUUUCAGAGGGUGCACCUGCAUUAAUAUGCUGUUAAAUUAUCUCUGUAUCAAUGGCUUAAAAUGCUCUUACAAUUACACUAAUAAUGUUUAAUGCAGUUAUUUCUGGGACAAUAUAUCAUCCACCCAAAAUAGUUAUCAUGACAGGCCUAGUGUGACAGUGUAUUUGUUAAGCAGCCAUAGUCUUUGCAUGGCCAUACAUGCAAAUAAUUCAGUUGGAAACAUAAGGAAGUUGACAGAUAAUUAUAUGGUCUGGACAAACAUAAAGGGGCUGGGGGUAGUCUGCCUUUCCUGUAAGUAGCUCUCCACUUUGUGUACAGUUUGUGAAUCAUUUAAGCUCAUGGCACUCUCCCCUGCACAAAGUGAAUCUGGGUUUUGCACAGUGCAAGCAUUCUGGUGGUGACAGUCCGAGCAUAUUUAGCAGUACUGUGUUCCUGCAAAACAUGAAUCUCUGCAAUCUUGUUAGUCUGAGAAAUCUGCACAUAUUGAAGAAUUCUGAUAUCUUGUGGAGCUGUUGUCGUCACUCUGUGUGCCAGAGAACUAAUGUGAAUUCGCCCCAUUUGAAUCUACAUUGUUUGCAGCUGGGCCUCAUGCCAGUGUCCCCUGAAGGCCUGGUCUGUCCCAACAGGAGACUGUUGAUCACUGAUGACACUCCCACAGAGGAGGAGAGGCUAGCCUGAGGCCUGUGGUGUCACUGAGUCAGGAUGCUUGUUGAUGUUAUGGAUCUACGACUGGGGCAGUCAGGAAGCACACUUACAUUGUUGCCAGAAAACUGCAAAGGUCUGCUUAUAGCUUGAUGUACUGGAUUUGAAUCAUCAAAGCUUCACUUGCACUCAGCAAAAAUACAUACAAUCUUCAGACUAUGGUUGUAGAUACAUCUUUUUUCCUAAAAUUACUUCCAGGUGCCUGUGUUGUCACUGUUGGGAAAUCAGACCAGGUGCUAGAGGAAAGUGUUGGCAUUGUACGUUUCUGCAAACCACAGGAAUGUUAGAUUUCUGCAUUUGCAUACACAUCAUAUCAAUGUUUGUAAAAUGACGUAGUGCAGUAUGAGCUGACUUUGUCAUCUGGAGUUGGAGGGGACGGUUGGUGGUGUGACAGUUAGGUGAGACACCUGCCAAGCUGCACAUCACUGUCUGACCAACAAACAACCAACCAGCAAACAACAAAACCAGUGUCUCACGUUUUCACCAACUUUUUAGCCACCAUUCCACUGCUGCGAUUCCACCGGGGAUAGUGGCAUGAAAAGUUGUUGUGUUUUUUCGCUGAGACAUCUCUGUAUUUAUAGCAGGGAUUGUCCAACCAAAACUGAGUAUUUUAAGCCUAAACUUGAUCUUUUCUGAACCAUUACAGCAUGUUUUUUUGUGCCUAAAACCCAACCACACAAUAACACAGUGCUGUUAAAACGUAAAGUUUAAUGUAUGUGAUACAUGAUAAUGUGCAAAUGUAACCUAUCGGUGGUUUGCAGAAUGGUAUAUACAAAGGCAACAUUUAUUCUAGCAAUUUGGUUGUUGCAAAUCCUCUCCCCCCUGGAACUAUUAAUGGAUAAACCUCCUUCUCAUUACACUUAAAGGAUGUCUGGUUCCUGGUAUUUCAAACUAUGAACAAAUUCAAACAUUUUGCAUUCUUUUUGCUGCCAUUUGAAACUCCUCAGUACAGUGGAGGCAACUCUACACAACUCUACACAAGUGUA